AAAGAAGACGCCAACUUGCCUCUAUGGUUUAUGGCUACCCAUGAUAAUUUUUGAGUUGUCAAAAAAUAUAGUUAUUUUCGGAAUAUUCUGAAAAUGUUGAUCAUUAUUCUUUAACUACUUGUUAAGUUUCAAUGUUUUUCACUUUUACGUUAGUUUAAAGUUUAAUUCUUUGUAAAAUGGAGUCAGAUUCCGCGCUUCACGUUGAUGUACCUGAUGGCGCGGAAGUGUUACCUUUAGACGAAAACCAAGCUGGCGAUACUAUCGAUGCUUCUGAUAAUAACGUUACAAGUAACGAAGAAGCUGCGGCUGCUGAAGAAUCAGAGGCUAUUGGAGCGACAAAUGGAGGCCCCACCAGCAGCAGCGAUGGCUUGGAUAUUGAUGCUUCAGCACAGUUAGCAGAAGGCGAGGAGCACCAUGCUGAACAAGCAAAUCCUGAAGCGGAGGCAGAGGAAGAGAUGGAUAUUGAUGACACCACAACAACGGGAACUGUUGCUGAUGAAUCUGCCUACAUUGGAGACAACUGCUUGUCAACACCGGACACUGAGAGCCAGUUAGACCCAAUGAUGAAGGAGCAGAGUUUGGAUGAGGCUGAAGGCUUGGCAGGAGCUGCUGAGGAGUCACCAGAUCAGUCCAUUAGCUCUGCCAUGCCCACAGACAGUGGUGUUGGUGAGGGUGAUGGCGCUCCCAUAGUACAAGAUGAUGAGUCUAGUACAAUGGAUGAAGAUAUGGGUGGUUGCGAGGGUGUCGCUAGUAGUGACGACGUCAACGAUAUUAGCAGUGCUGCACAAGAUGUUCUUAGCACUGGUAUAAGUUCAAGCACAGCAGAGGGUGGUGCUGAUAUUUCGAGUAGUGGGCAAACAGAGGGAGCUCUUAUAUCCUCCACAGCAAACGGACCAGCUGUUCUACAUUCAUUCUCGCUCACACCUCAGCAACACCAACCUAAUGAAUUCAGCGACGCAGACACUUCGGAAAUGGAAGGUGCGGCGGACACGAUGCCAACAGUGAGCGAAUCUAUGCCCUUGCUCACUAUGACUGCAAAUGGAUCUGCACUACUCUCACCUACGUUGCUACCAGGCGAGGAGGGCGGCGCGGGCGUGUCGUCGUCGGUGGCGGCGGCGGAGGGCGAGGCGGCGGGCGAGGGCGAGGGCGCGGUGAGCAGCUCGGUGGCGGCCAGCAACGGCGCGCCGCCGCUGCCGCCCACUGACGCCGCACAUGCACUAGCCACGCUCGCCAGCGCCGCGCUGCACCAUCAGCACGAACAGGCAGAGUCGGAAGAACCAAAGCAACAUGACGAAGACGCGUGGUACACUGUGGGGAUCGUGAAAGGGAAUUCGUUUACGGUCCAGAACUACAUUUCCGACCCAAAUGUGGACCUGUCGAACUUGUCACUGGAUAAUCUACCAGACCUGACCGGGCUACCGACCACGGCGCUUGAACACGGCACAGCCUACAAAUUCAGAAUCGCUGCUAUUAACUCUUGCGGGCGCGGCGAGUUUAGUGAAGAAUCUGCUUUCAAGACCUGCUUGCCAGGUUUCCCUGGCGCUCCAUCGGCCAUUAAAAUAUCGAAGUCAGUGGAAGGUGCACACUUGUCGUGGGAACCGCCACAAGUUGCCGCUGAAGGAAUAUUUGAAUAUUCCGUGUACCUUGCAGUACGGUCGACUACACCAUCAAAGGAGCCAACGAAAUCGCAACUAGCAUUCGUGCGAGUUUACUGCGGCAAGGCGAACACAUGCGUUGUCCCGCAAGCUUCCCUGAGCGCUGCCCACGUGGACUCGUCCACCAAGCCCGCCAUUAUAUUCCGCAUCGCCGCACGAAACGAGAAAGGCUACGGACCAGCCACUCAAGUCAGGUGGCUGCAAGGUACUGUGACAAAAAGUCAAACGACUAGCAAAGGCGGCGAGGGCAGUUCCACGGCGCCCGCGCGUCCCGCCGGGGACUAGGCGCCGCGCGGGCCGGUGACGUCACGCCGGCCGCUGAUAUAAAAUCUACGGGCGUGAAGAGGGCGGGCGAAGGCAGGCUACCGGGGGCUUCACCAUCCAAACAACCCAAGCAAAUGUUGCACUAAGUGUUGAGUUUGUGACAGUUUUUAGACGUUUAAUAUAGACCAAUACAUUAGUUUGUACAGGACUACAGAUUAUUAAACAAGUUUUGUUUUAAUCAAGGUUAGUACCUUACUAACUACGUUAUUUUUAGUAUAAGUCACCGUUGAGAGUGAAAUCUCAUUAUGUCGAUUUUAUAAACACAGAAAUCUUCACCUAUCAAACAUUAUAUACAUUUGACUUAGCCUCUUUCCUCUAGCUAGUAUUAAUAAUGUUGAUUGUAAACUAUAAUUUUAUGGACUUGUUACCGUUGUUCACGCCAGACGGUAAGACUGAUAUGUAUUAGACGCAAUGAAGUGGAUUGCUAAAUAUGGAAAUGUUAUACACAUAUCUGUGGAAUAUAAAUAUGGAAAUAAUGACUUUAUUUUUUUAUCGACCCAGGUUUUAUUUAUGCCUAAAAGAUAAAAUAUAUGAAAACGAUAAAGUAGGAUUUUCAGCCAAUUUCACCACAAGUUCGUUUAAAUUUAUAAAUAUUUCAGAUUAAACCCCAAUACCUAUAUAGCACUUGUUUAAUAGUAGUGAAAUUGGCUGAUAAGGAUAAAAAAUAUACAUAAAUUGCAUUUGGCUUUUAAUACUUAAUUACAUAUUAUUGAGUACACUA